AUGGUGAACUCAUCAUUACAAGAAGUCCUCACCAUCUCGGAGCUGAAGCGAGCAGCUUCCGCUAAGCUGGACAAGACCGCCCGAGAGUAUUUCAAUGAAGGAGCGAUGGAUAUGAUCACGCUCAGAGAUAACGAGCAUGCUUUCGACAAGUACAAAAUUCGUCAACGCAUUCUCGUCGAUGUAGCCUCAGUAGACACGAGGAUUGCCAUGUUGGGGUCCGAAAUUACUCUCCCGCUCGCUUUCGCACCCGCUGCUAUGCACGGUCUUGCUCAUCAUGAAGCUGAGAAGGGCACUUCAAGAGCUGCCGCAGCCAAAGGUAUCCCUAUGGGACUUUCAACUUAUGCGACCACCUCGCUUGAGGAUGUCAUAGAAGAGAAGGGAAAAAGCUCGAAUCCUUACAUGUUUCAACUGAGCGUCACAAAAGACCGCUCGGUCCCACUGGAUUUGAUGAAGCGGGCAGAGAAGGCGGGAUAUAGAGCACUCAUACUGACAGUUGAUGCACCUGUCCUUGGCCGACGUCUGAACGAAACCAGGAACAAGCUGACCCUACCAGAUAAUCUGUGUUUGCCAAAUUUGGGAGGCGUUCGUUCGCAUCAUAAUCCUGGGCGGGAUGCUAGCAAUUCUUGGGAAUCGAUCAUCCCCUGGGUGAAGUCUCACACCACGCUCGAGGUUUGGCUCAAAGGCAUAUACUGCAGCGAGGAUGUACUACUUGCUAUUAAAUACGGACUCGAUGGAAUCAUUGUUUCCAAUCACGGUGGGAGACAGCUGGAUGGCGCCGCUGCGACUAUCGACGUGCUGCCCGAAUGUGCCGAAGCUGCCAAAGGCAGAAUCAAGAUUGGAAUUGACGGUGGCAUCCGUCGUGGGUCUGACAUUUUCAAAGCCUUAGCUCUUGGGGCCGACUGUUGCUUUGUGGGGCGGAUUCCCAUUUGGGGUCUUGCGUACAAUGGAGAAGAGGGAGUCAAGCUGGCAGUCGACAUUCUGGAGCAAGAGUUGAGGACGACUAUGGCCCUUGCCGGGUGCUCCUCCAUCAAGGAGAUUUCGCGCCAUCAUCUGUCUAUGCUGGGAACAAAUGGGAUCUUGUCUAGACUAUGA